UUCCUGUGUGUGGCGUUAAUGAAGCAUUUAGUAUACCCACAGCAGCAUCAUGGAGGACCUAUGUAAGCCACCUCUCCCUCUGUCAAUGCCAGCUCCUCCUACACACACACACACACACACACACACACACACACACACACACACACACACACACACACACUCUGUACUGCUGAAGUAACUGCAGACCUCCAAAGGUGAGGGCGGGGCUUUGGCUCUGACAGACUGAAGACGACCUUUCAGACGGCGCUCGGACGAUCAUUUUCCCGCCGUGACAUCUCAAUGACCUCAUGACGCCGAAAGUUCACUCAGCCCAGGAUGGAGACGAUGGCGUCAGAGGAUGGUCAGGUGACCAUGGUUGUGAUAAAACAUUCCUAACGUCAAACAGGAUUCAUGAAUUUGACCUUUGAACUCUGUGAGAACUUUGAGAGAGACUCUGACCCCCGACCUUCAUCCUGAUGGUCUCCUAAAAGGUCGUAUCCUCCGAUCGUAGCUGAUCGUAAACAUUCAAGUUAACGUGUCAAUUUACACCGACUUCUUUCCGUUCCUCUGCGGAUCGCCGGACUCCUCAGCUGAUCACUAGAGUUCUAUUUUUUCUGGACGCCGGAGCAUGGCGGAUAAAUUCAGCACAGAUUAACCCGUGCUGGAAAGGAAGUCGGGCACAGACUUCAAAAUAAAACAUCCGGCUUCUUUUCAAAAUAAAACACUCCGUGUUUCAGGAGGAUCGUAUUUCACACCAUGCAAACGGGCGGAGACGAACAAGUGAAAGGUUUUUAGACGUCAUUUCACCCCGAUGACACCAUGGAUGAGGAGAUGCUGAUUCUAGAAGUCUAGAAGUAGAUUUCCUCCUCUGGAAGGACACAAUCUACUGCUUAUAUGUCUAUGUGUCUGUCUUUAGAGAGACGACUCGUUAUCGUGAGAUUGAACGUGAAUCUGCGGGUUCUUGUGAUUCCUGCUCAAUCUAAAACGGCAGCGAGUUCUCAGGGUUACCGCUGUCCGAAAUCCUCCACGAAAUUCGCCUCACAUUACCUCACAAACAGAUCCAGUAGGAGUUGUCGGACGGCGAAACUCGCCGCCGUUUUAGAUCGAAGCCGUUCUGGAUGUGGUGAAAGUUCGGAGUCAAAGAGACGAAUUUUUACCGACUGAUUUUAAAACUUGUUUGACAUUUUGAACUCCUGAUAAAACGGCGGCUCUGACGGAGUUCGUCCAGUAAAGGUUCACUGAGGGGCGGAGACUCGGAUUCACGCCACAGAGGUGUGACGACCAUCCCCGGUCUCCCCUAUAAGAUAAAGUAAAAAUCAAACUGCUGAUGUUCAACAAAAAGUGAGCGGACUUCGGACCCCCUCCCCCUGAGAGUGAGUGUGUGAGUGUGUGUGUGAGUGUGUGUGAGUGUGUGUGAGUGUGUGAGUGUGAGCGUGUGUGAGUGUGUGUGUGUGUGUGAGUGUGAGUGUGUGUGUGCAUGUGUGUGUGUGUGAGUGUGUGUGUGUGUGUGUGUGUGAGUGUGUGUGUAUGUGUAUGUGUGUGUGUGAGUGUGUGUGUGUGUGUGUAUGUGUGUGUGUGAGUGUGUGUCCUUUAGUCCCUCACUCCUGGAGUGUGAAGGACAGUUUUCCCCAAACGUCCUCUGCACUUCUUCUUCUUCUUCUCUCCAUCUCAUCUCUCUGCUCCCUCCUUCCCUCCCUCCUUCCCUCCCUCCCUCCCUCCCUCGUCUGUCACCCCCUCUCCUCACCUGUCACCCCCUCACCUCGCAGCCAAACUCCCUCCUUCCUGUUUUUGGGAGAAAUGAAAUGAUUUUGUUGUGGGGUCCCCGGGCGGUUUUGUAAUUUCAUGCCUGUGUAUGAUAAUUUUAUGCUGUCCUGCGUCGCGUAACUCAGGGCUGCCAAACGCUGACAGGUGAUAAAUACGAUCUUUUCCGCCCCGUGUGCAGCCGACCUUACAGAGAGGAGGAGGAGGAGGAGGAGAGAGAGACGGACAGGAGGGGGUCUGGGCUCCGGGGGCUCCGGCUCGGUGAGGGGGGGUCCUGCUGAGGCCUCGCUGUCGCCGUGUUGGAGCAAUUUCACGGGUUGCCCACCCCACCUUCUUCCUCACCCACACACUUUUAUUCACUUACAACCUUCCUCCCCUUAUCUCCUCUUCCCUCCCUCUCUCCCCCUCUCUCCCCCGUCCGUCCUCCUGAGAGGAGGCGGCGAGGAGGACAGGAACCUUCAGGUAGCCUUGAACAGCAGGGAUAGUGAUCAGGGCACUUUUCGCUCCUCUCAGGAAAUCACAGGAAAUAAACACGCGGACACGCCGCCGUUUUCCACGCCGUCAAGGAGACGUUUGUGUGGGGGGGGGCAGGGGGGACUGUGGAGCGUGGAGGACUGAUGGGUUCCUGAGUGACGUAAUUAUUCGCAUGCUUGCGUCCUGCAGUGAGAAUGAUGAUAUCCACACAUGUCACAUGAUCAGGACGCCGACCUUCACGUCAAACCUGCGCGUCAUCAGAAACUGGACAUGUGGAGCAGCUCCUCUACUCCUCCUCCUCACCUCCUCUCCUCCUCCUCCUCUCCACCUCCUCCUCCUCUCCUCAUUCCUCCUGAAUGUUAGAGCAGCUCUUCACCUCCUCUCCUCCUCCUCACCUCCUCCUCCUCUCCUCCUCCUUCUCCUCCUCUCCACCUCCUCCUCCUCACCUCCUCCUCCUCACCUCCUCCUCGUUCCUCCUGAAUGUUAGAGCAGCUCCUCUCCUCCUCUCCACCUCCUCCUCAGCUCCUCCUCCUCUCCUCCUCCUCCUCCUCACCUCCUCCUCCUCACCUCCUCUCCUCCUCCUCCUCACCUCCUCCUCCUCACCUCCUCCUCAUUCCUCCUGAAUGUUAGAGCAGCUCUUCACCUCCUCUCCUCCUCCUCCUCUCCUCCUCCUCUUCACCUCCUCACCUCCUCCUCCUCCUCCUCCUCCUCCUCACCUCCUCCUCCAUGUCGGAGCACCUCCUUGUUUCUGUAAAUGUUAAAACCGUCUGACCGCUCUGAGACCUCAGGGCUUCAUACUGUAUGUUAAACAGACCCUCACUGACAGUGUGUGUGUGCGUGCGUGCGUGCGUGUGUAUUCACCUCCCCUCUUACUUGAAUUUUAAUCAUGCUGUUUUAUGAAGCUCUCAGGGACCUUCCUGUUGUAGUUUUAAUGAUCGUGGCGGCUCAGUGGCGGUGGCGGCGGCGGCGUGGUUACGAUGCUCAAAGAGGCUCAGAGUCACAGCGUCCAGGACAGGUUUGUUCAUAUUUGUCUUUUGAAGAGUUUUUAAUUUGAACACGAUUGUAUUUAAGAUGAACUGACUGACCCAUGAAGAGCUGACACACCUGAGGACAGGUCACAGGUCACAGGUCACAGGUCACAGGUCACAGGUCACAGGUCACAGGUCACAGGUCACAGGGUCGAGGGUUCGAGUUCUCGGUGGUUUCCAGAACACUCUGUCUCUUCUGUCCCUCCUUAUUGGCUGUAAUCCUCCAACAUGGCGAGUUCCUGUCAUCAGUGCCGAUCACAGACUCUACAAAGUCGUCACGAUACUAAACUAUCAAACUCGAUAAACCACACCCAGGAAAUUACUCCAUACCACGGCGUGUAAGUAUCGAUACUCCUGACAGCUCUACGGACGACGCGGCUCAUCGUUCAAAGGUGAAGACAAAUUUCUCUCAGUGUUUCUGGGAUUUUCUCCAUUUCCUGAAAGCGGCGUGUGCGCAGUAACGUCCGGUGUGAGUGCCGCUGUGAUGACGCUCGGCUCAAACAGCGUAUCCCCCGGUGAUCGACUCAAUCUCUGUCCUCCCAUUGGCUGUAUCAGCUGUCAAUCAUAGAAAACAUGAACCCCCUAAUAACUUUUAAAAAUGGAGCUGUACAGAAAAAAGAGGACUUGAGCACAAACCAGUCUGACAGUAACUACAUGUCAACAUCACAACCAGGGGGGAGAAACAUUUAUAUUCUGUGUCAUUCAUUUAGAAAGUUUGUCCACAGCUCCAUAAGGAGGCGGGGUUUAUGACCUAUACUGCAGCCCGUCACCAGAGGGCGCUGUUCUCAGAGAGAGGAGGAGGCAGACGGAAUCUAUUCUAGAAACAGUCUAUGGGAACGAUAUUCAACACUGACCGAAGGACAUCCUAAUAUUAACAAGCUGACAGACAUCAUAUCGCCACCUACUGUCGGGGAGGUGGACAGACCUGAUGAUCGGGUUUUUGUCGACUUAGAAAAGACGAUCAUCUGACCGAACGAGAACUGAAGGUCCGAUGUAGAGAAGUUUGUCUUAGAUUGGAGCUGCAAUGAUGUGGUCUGAACCCGAGUACCGGCACCGCCCCCCCCCUCCAAACGUCGGGGUCACAGCUGAUCAGACGGAGCUGAUAACAGCUGAUCAGACGGAGCUGAUAAUGGUCCAAACAACCUUGAGUGGAGUGAAGAGGGUCCCUGUGUUUAAUAAAAACUUUAAUAUUUCAGUGUGAGGCUACAGCUCAAUACACAAACACACACACACACACACACACACACACACACCGAAACACACACUGAAACACACACAUCAAAACACACACAUCAAAACACACACCGAAACACACACUGAAACACUCAGUCCGUUUCCAUGACGCUCGAGAAAACCGAAUUAUCGCCUUAUUCCGAUAAAGACGGGACAACUGAAGGUCAUGUAAACACUUUAGUCCGACUAUAAUCUUCUCUACCAUGUGACCAGAGUAGUCGGAGUAUGAAGCCACGCCCCCGUAACCCCGUAACAAACCCCCAGAGUAGAGGAGUAGCGUUGGUCUCCUCUUUAGAAAAAGUAGCGCGUCCAUCAUGUCGGACAAAAACAACGCUGUACGAUGCUCCAUCUUCUUGUUUCUCCAAAAUGCCCAGCAGCAGUUGUAGACACUUCUGACGUCUGACACCGACCUGCUGUUGUUGUUGGUCAACCUGAGAUCCCCCUGAAGGUGUUGACCAAACAACAGCAGGACACACACACACACACACACACACACACACACACACACACAGGGUCUCCACUCAGGACCAGCAGAACCUCAUCUGUCCUCUAAAAGAUAACAGCCAAUCACUGACCGUCGUCCCAAUGGCGGGUAAGUGAUGAUUUAUGACUUCAUAGAAACCCUGAAGAAGAAGAAGAAGAAGAAGAAGAAGAAGAAGAAGACGAGGAAGAAGAAGAAGAAGACGAGACUAUGGACGGCUGAAGAAAGUGAGAGGAAGACUUGGUGAAAGGAGACGUGAACGACAAACAUCUAAACAGGACAGAACGUGUGUGUGUGUGUGUGUGUGUGUGUGUGUGUGUGUGUAUGUGUGUGUGUGUGUGUGUGUGUGUGUGUGUGUGUGUGUGUGUGUGUGUGUGUUGGGGGGUAUAAAUAUGGCGGAUAAUUACCAGGAAGAGGUGGGUCUGCGGAUGAAAAGCUCGGUAUUAUUGAUUCUUGAAAGGAGCUGACAGCUCGGCUGAAUGUUUGAUUUCCUCUCAUUGUUUGUUUUGCAUAUAAAGGAAUCCAUUUUCCUCCGACGGCGGCGGCGGCGCUCCCUCCGCCCGCUGACGGAGGACAAGAGGCGAGUUAACCGUUUAAAGACAGACAGACAGACAGAUGUGGGACUGACCCCUGCGGCGGGCCCCUACCUGUCAAAUCAGCCGCAGAGCGAGAUGACGGACGAGCAGAAACAUGUGGAAACAAAGAGAGAGGAAGAGGAAACGGCGGAUUCAGACGCCGCAGAGCGCUACGACAGAUUCAGUGACACACUUCUACACGCCUUUACGAGUCCCACAGUCCAGCGUGAAAACAAGAACCCCGGCGUGCUGAGGAGCAGCAGCGUGUGUCAUCCCGGCCCAUCGUUACCCGGCCGCACACGUGUGUAUUUCCCUUCCUCCUGCCACCAACAAGCCGCCAUCAGCCCGCCACCAGUCCACCGCCACCAUCAGCCCAGACAGCUGUCUUCACCAUCAGGCCAUGAAAGGAGCGGACCUUCAAACCUUCAGACCAUCAGACCUUCAAACUAA